UAUUACGUAAUUCUCAUGAAAAGUGACAAAUGAAUAAAUAAUUUGCUAGUGGAGUAUGAUCAGUAUAUUGUAGGGGAUUUGUUAGCAGAAAAACCUGAAGAAGAUAUUGAUGUAGCAAUUUUGUGUCUUGCUUCCAUUAGUUGGUGGAGUUGGCCAAUUUUUUAAAAGAGCUUCUUGGUUUUGUUCUUCUGAACUAUUUAAAGCUUCUUUAACGGCUUGUUUUGGUCUGGAGGUCACUUCUUAUCUUGACCCUUACAGAUAUUAUUAUUGUUGUGGUCCUUUGAACCGUCGUUUGCUUUCUUUAUGAAUCGGUUGCUAUCUAGGUUGGGUAUCAUCAUUUAUCACCUGCUCCUUUGGAACAUACUUUGUUGUAUUAGCGUUUCUGAAUAUCCUAGAAACACUUAAAAUAGAUUUUUCGUGACGUCAAUGAUUUGGUGUUAAAGACCACACAGAACAUUAAGUGUUCUUUGGUUUGGUUGACUAUAGUGAAUAUAGCUUCAGACGCUCUGAGUUGACAAUGCCAGUGGUUGCAUCUUGUUCUUCUCCUCACACCUUUUGUAUAAGAAUGGCACAACAAAAUUGAAUUGAAAUAUCGAAUAAGUCACUGGAGCAUGAUAAUGUGACAAUGAUUGGAGAUAGUGGACAUCAAAUUUGUGUUUUGUGGGCCGAUGAACAAAUUUUUUAUUGUGAAUGCAAAGGUUCUUGCAAAAGGGAAUUUGUUAUUACCUUAUGUAAUAGCUGAUAUCAGAAUGAAAUUACUUCUUUAAUAUGUAAUUUUGGAUGGUGGUUCUUGGACUCUGUUCUCUUGGUGUAGCAGUUGGUAUACUAUGUCAUCCACUCCUACUAUUUAAGCUCCUGUGAUUCCCAAACUCAUUCUCUCUCUGUCUCAACAUUCAUAGCUUUAGUCUUUACCUUCUAAAUUACUUAAGAAAUGGCUGCAGAUGAUGUCCCUUGCUGUGCGACUAUGUUCUGGGUGUACCUACUCGUAUGUGUUGCUCUUGUGGCUUUUGCAGGUUUGAUGUCAGGACUGACUCUUGGGCUCAUGUCCCUUAGUCUUGUUGAGCUCGAGGUCAUGAUCAAAGCCGGUGAACCCCACGAGCGCAAAAACGCUGAAAAGAUUCUGCCACUCGUUAAAAACCAGCACCUUCUCUUGUGUACACUCCUUAUAGGCAAUGCUUUGGCAAUGGAGGCUCUACCGAUCUUUGUCGAUUCCCUGCUUCCAGCUUGGGGUGCUAUCCUGAUAUCCGUGACUCUCAUACUUGCAUUUGGCGAGAUUAUACCUCAAGCUGUAUGCUCUAGAUACGGGCUGAGCAUCGGGGCAAAGCUAUCUGUUUUGGUUCGUUUGAUUAUCAUAGUCUUCUUCCCAUUAUCUUAUCCAAUCAGCAAGCUACUCGAUUUGUUGCUUGGAAAAAGGUAUUCUACACUUUUAGGACGAGCAGAGCUUAAGUCACUUGUGUAUAUGCACGGGAACGAGGCUGGAAAAGGCGGUGAACUGACUCACGAUGAAACAACAAUCAUAUCAGGAGCUCUGGACAUGUCUCAGAAGAGUGCCAAAGACGCAAUGACACCAGUCUCUCAGAUCUUUUCACUCGAUAUAAACUCUAAGCUCGACGAAAAGACAAUGGGAUUAAUAGCAAGUGAAGGCCAUAGCCGAAUACCUAUAUACUCUGUGAAUCCUAGCGUUAUCAUCGGAUUUAUUCUGGUAAAGAACUUGAUCAAAGUCCGUCCUGAAGACGAGACACCGAUCAGAGAUCUCCCUAUCAGAAGAAUGCCAAGGGUCGAUUUGAAUUUACCUCUCUACGACAUCCUCAACAUCUUCCAAACAGGUCGAAGCCACAUGGCUGCUGUCGUUGGGACCAAGAACUAUACUAAUAUUAACACUCCAGUCCACGACAAGAGCAUCAAUGGAUCGCCUAAUAAAGAUGCCAACGUUCUGAGCAUUCCUGUGAUGAACUCCAGCGAAAGUAAUCGUCAAAGUCCAAUCCGAUACAUCGAUACUAUUGCUGAUGAAGAUGAAGAAAUCAUUGGGAUUAUAACUCUGGAAGAUGUUGUGGAAGAACUUAUACAGGAAGAAAUAUUUGAUGAGACGGACCGGUGCGUCCAACUUCAUAAAAGAAUAACAAUAAACAUGCCAAUAUCGGGAAAUUCGCCGGAAACUGCUACUUGGGCUUCAGAGCUGGCAUCUCCUAUCUCGCCGUAUCGCUCAAGUCCUCUGUCACCGAGCCUCAUGAUCUCUACGCUGCUCCGGUCACCAAUAAAUUCACCUUACCGCCACCAGUCUUCGUUUCUCCGGCCAACACUUCACGCUUCUCCACCGGCACAACCUCCUUCCGUGCUCUCUCCGGACAGUAACGAGCGUUAUUACUAUAUAUCUCCUAGUAGGGUGUGGAGGAAAUCGUAUGAAAAGUUAUCAAGAUCAAAUGGUUCGUAAAAUUGGAUCUAUUAUAUAUAGAUGAAUUGAAGUGAAGAAAAAUAAAUUUAUAA